AUGGCUUAUAAAUUGACAAAUCAACUUGAAAUGUUUUGCGGAGAAAAAUUUACUAUUGAUUCCGACAAACUUAAUAACUAUUUGCUUAAGUUUAAUAAAAUGAUGACUGAAUUUAUUGAUCAGCAAUUGAUCGACAAUAGCAACAACUCGCCUAAUGAUAGACAGCUGACUAACAUAUCUGAGCCACAGCUUAGGGAUGUUGGCCAAUGGUUUAAGAAACUAAUCGAUUAUAUUUAUCGUACGGAACUAGAUAUUGGUGGCAAUAAUAUCUAUAUGUAUUACAAUUGUAUGCUAUCCAUUGAUCAGUCAGCACCGGGUGAUAAUGAUGAUGAUCGACGACCACUAAUACAACUAUCCGAUGAUCAACUAAUAGCAUUGGGUUGGAUAGAUCAGUUGGUUGUAAUCUAUUUUGUAAUGAUUGAUGAUAUUGUCGAUCAGUCAGAUACUAGAUUUGGCAAAACAUGUUGGCAUUUAUUGCCUGAUGUAGGAAUGAUAGCUUUAAACGAUUGUACACUAAUAUUAUCAGUUGUGUUUAAAUUGGCUAAACAUUACUUUAAGGGACAUCCAUGUUAUAUGGAUAUUGUUGAAUGUAUUCAUGAGACGAUCGAAAAUGUAUCAAUUGGUCAGUCAAUGGAUUUAAUGAAUACAAAAUCGACAAAUAAGCAUGCUCAAUUUGAACAAUACACUGAUAAUUGUUGGACAACUAUUAGCAAGUAUAAGGAAGCUUGUUUUGCAAUUUUAUAUCCAUUUAAACUAGUAAUGACAGCCACUGGCCAAACUAAUCAAAAGGACAGACAUAUAAUUGAGGAAUGUCUAGUGAAAUGUGGUCGACUUACUGGUGCAUACAAUGACUAUUCGGAUGUCUACGUCAAAAGUAACGGCACUGAUAUAGCUGAAGGUAAAUGCAGUUGGCUUUAUGUACGGGCAUUGGAAAUGGCCAGUCCUGAACAACGAUCCGUACUAUUGGAUAAUUAUGGUUUGGGUGCCGACAAUCAUAUAGCUGUCGAUAAGAUAAAACUGGUUUACAGUCAGCUAAAUAUGAAACAAGAGUUUUGUGAAUAUAUCGGACAAAUUAUUGACAGCAUUGAAAACAGUUGUCUAAAACAGUUAUCUUCGUCUACUUCCAGACAAUUAGUUUCUAAAAUAGUUUUAGUUUACUAUAAUUGGUUACAAAAAGUCUAUUCAGAGUCUAAAUAG